AUGCUACGUGAUUUUCCCAUACCUUUAUCCAAGUCACAAACAAUAACUGUCCGACAGUCAAAAAUCAAAGCAGAGCAUUAUCCGUCGGCAUACAACAAACAGAAACGAAAAUCAACCACGAAGAUACAAUCCGUAGGCAAUCAACUUCUGCUUCUGAAACGAGUGCAGCAAAUGAUGACGCUAUUAGCUCAGUACAAUAUGCACCUAAAAAAAUAA